GUUUCAAAGACAAAUUUUGAACUCAUACUUGCUCAUUCGAAGUGGUCAUUCAGAGGUGCCAUUACGAGUUUAGAUUUUUGACUACCGUUUUCGAAAAGAGAAAUUCUGUUCACCUGGUCAUCGACGCAUUCAGCGCAACACAACAAGAUUCAAGUCGUUGAAGCGCUUUCCUACCUGCCCCUUCUAUCCGAGCAGUAGAUCCAACAGCAGAAUCAUCAAGUCUGCCUCAAGUCAGCAGAAUCAUCAAGUUUAUGAUGCAGCACCAGAAGCUCCAAAUGGGUCAUUCAGAGACCAGAAGAAAAUAUAAAGCAGUUUUUGUAUGGCUGGUUGGGAAAACGAAAACUUGCCCCUGAGUAUGAAUUGAGAUCAGGUGGUGGACCUAAACAUUGUCCAAGGUUUGAAUGCCAGCUGCGAGUUAAAGGCUUCGAUUUUGUUGCUGUCGGAAAUUCAUCUAGUAAGAAAGAUGCUCAGGCAAGAGCAGCACAGGAUUUUGUCAACUAUCUUGUGUUCAUUAAGGAGGUGAAUGCUGGUGAAGUCCCAGCAGCAGCUCCUCCCUCUUCUAACCCAGCAGUAUCACCAAGUCUGCCUGGUGGCAUUAUGAUUCCGCAUCAUACGCUCCAAAUGGCUGGGCCAUCACGAGAGUAUCCACUGUCCCAAAGAGGUCCCCCCCAGCGGCGAAUGGAAGAGUCAGAAGAUGUUGACCGCAAUGCAGAAAUUCACGGCAACUGGACUGUAGACAAUGCCAAAAGCAGACUGAACCAGUUUUUGCAGCAGAACAGAAUACGGGAAGACUACAAAUAUACCAUUGUGGGCCCUGAUCAUAACAGGAGUUACGUGGCUGAAAUGGGAUUUUUUGUCAAAGAGGCACACCAGCAGAUCCAUGCCCGAGAACAUGGGUCGAACAAGAAGUCAGCCUCCAAAUCAUGCGCCCUUUCACUUGUGAGACAGCUGUACCAACUCAAGAUUAUCGAGGCGUACACUGGUGUCCAAAAAAAGAAGGAAACUGAGAAUGUGAAGCUGCCGCCUUAUACAGUUGCUGUAAGUCCACAGCUUGUGGACCAGUUAAGUUCCUGCCUUCAGCUAUGGAGCAUUGAGCCAGUUCAUGUGAAAGAAAUAUCAUCAGACGGUGAUAGUUCUCAGCCCGUGUCGCUUUUGACAAGCGAAACCCUUGAAGAGUUUGAGCCAGCAACUCGGCAUGCAGCACCAGGUGUGUUACCAUGGUCCCCUCCACAGCCAAACUGGAACACCUGGAUCAGCUGCAACAUAGAUGAGGGUCCUCUAGCCAGUAUGACCUUGGAGGAAGUAAGCCUGGACUUGUACAACAUGCAGUGCCAGACAGAGAGAGAUGCACAUUUUGAAGUAAUGAUCCAGGAACGCUGCAAGCUGCCUGUAGCACAAUCACGAGAGGAUAUUUUGCAGUGUAUUAGAAACAGCCAAGUGACACUUGUACGUGGAGAGACUGGUUGUGGCAAAACCACACAGGUACCACAGUUUAUCCUGGACCAAAUGAUAAAUGCUGGAAAAGGAGCUGACUGUAACAUCAUUGUCACACAGCCACGGCGAAUCAGUGCCAUAACAAUUGCUGAACGUGUUGCUGAGGAACGCAGUGAAAGGCUUGGCUUCUCUGUGGGGUACAGUGUGAGGUUUGAGACAGUCUUGCCCCGGCCGUAUGGAGCCAUACUCUACUGUACAGUCGGGACAUUGCUUCGAAAGAUGGAAGGUGGACUUCGUGGCAUUUCCCAUGUUAUUGUUGAUGAAAUACAUGAGCGAGAUAUAAAUACGGAUUUUCUGUUGGUUUUGUUGCGUGACAUGGUUCGCACCUACCCCAACCUCCGUGUGUUGCUUAUGUCUGCCACUGUUGACACAACACUUUUCACAGAAUACUUUGGGGAAGUCACCAUUGUGGAAAUUUAUGGUCGUGUGUACCCAGUUGAAGUGUCAAAGACACGCACGCGGUGCGGACAAUACACAUCAGCAAAACACUGUGUCCCAACGUGUUCUUUCUUCACAACAAAUCACAAAG